AUGCCAAGCACACCGUGCCCCGUGGAAUCGGACGGGUCAAGAGAGGGUUGCCUGCCGCUUGACAGAAAGGAACGCACCAAAGCAGAGACAAGAGGAAUAUAUCGAAUCAGCACAACCGAGCUGCUUGAGCAGAUUCUCCUCCAUCUUGACAUGCAAACCCUCCUCGUCUCGGCAAUACGAGUCUGCAGGGCAUGGAACAGCCUGAUUACAACGUCUCCACGCCUGCAGCGGGCGCUUUUUCUGCUGCCCGAAGACGACCGGGACGCAUCGAACACAAAUACCAUCAUCAACCCACUGCUGGCGAAACACUUCCCGCCUUUCUUUACUCCCGUUUACGAUAUCGGCUGUCCGUUCCCUAUCCGGGGCCUAGCACCCGACGAAGGUUGCUACGACUAUCUCUUCGAGGACGUCAGCUACAACGGCAUGAGUAAUUUCAAGUCCAUGCCUGUGUACCAGGUGAGCAUGGCCAACAACGACUUCAUCGACCACGACGGACAAGAUCCCAAUGCCAAUGCAAAGGCCCGGGAGAACAACCCUUAUCUCCGAGAAUGCGCGUCAUGGCGGAACAUGUUGACGUCCCAGCCGCCAGCCAGGAAGCUGGGCUACUGUAUGCUCUCGACCGGCGGGAACAGCACCAUCGCCAGCACCAAGAUUCUCUCCAUCAAAUGCCGGAAGGAUGGUGAUGGCCAGGGCGGUAGUAUAGAAGUGAACUCGGCUGCGAACCAAAACCCUCCCAUACGCAUGGCAAACCUGUAUGCACAAGUGUUGCUAUAUAUGAAAAUGGGAUCGAAGCAUUGUGGCUUUAAGAUCAUGUGUAACCUGCAGAAUCAUGAUCGGGACUACGUUACCCAGUACGCUUCUCUGCCCUACUAUCCAAGCUUUGCGUGGAUGGAAGACCAUAUAGGAGUGUUGUACAAUCAAGGCGCAGACAUCGUGUUGCAGCACGUUGUUCGUCCUCGGGGCUGUUUGUUCAUGGGAUCGAACCCAGAGGCAGACGCCGUCUGGUGGCGGUGCCAGCCUGAAAGCCUACAGUCAGGUUUAUUCUCUGAGCAAAUAUCUAAAGAGUGGAGAUAA